GCUUCCAUUCAACCUUAUUACUUCUUUUUCUCCGAAUUCUCAAAACAUGGCUUCUUCUUCUUCCCUCAGAGACCUUCUCAAACAAGAAGGCUUCCACCACCGUACAAAACCCAAACCAACCAUCCCUUUCUACCUCUGCCAUGAUAACAACAAAACCGUCACAAUGCAAAAAGAAAGGCUUCUUGGUUCCCAAGCAUCGAAUUCGAUGGCUUCGAGAACCGCAGGACCACCAAUGGAUGCAGUUGCCAUCAGAGCAGUCAUUGCCAUCCUCAGUGGCUACAUUGGAAGAUAUGUCAAAGACGACUUUUUCCGAAAAACAAUCAGAGACAAAUGCAGUUCCUACUUGGCCACAAGAAGAAACAAUGGCGGCGGUGGUGGUGGUGAUGAGAUUCUUGUGACCAUGGAAAUCGGUAUAGAGAGCAUAGAUCAAUUAGUACAAGAUCGCGAAGAAACAAGGAGCCAGAUGAAGAUCAAGAGUCUGAGGAAUUCAAUUGAGCUUCUAACCAUUGUUGCUUCAUUGAAUUCAACAACUUCAAGAAAUGCUGAAACUUGUGGUAUACCGAAUUCUCACCUCUCCGCUUGCGCUCAACUUUACAUGUCAAUAGUCUACAAGCUUCAGAAGAACGAUAGGAUCUGCGCGCGCCAUCUCUUGCAAGUGUUCUGCGAUUCGCCAUUUUUGGCUAGAAAUUACUUGCUUCCUGAGCUAUGGGAGCAUUUGUUUCUUCCUCAUCUUCUCCACCUUAAGAUUUGGUACGCUGAGGAGCUUGAACGGCUUUCUUUUUCGAAGGACUUUGGUGGCGAAAAGGAGAAGAGAAUUAAGGCUUUGAGCCGAGUUUACGUGAAUAAAUUGGAUACAGGGACUGCUCUCUUUGCUCUGUAUUACAAGCAGUGGCUUAAGGUUGGAGCUGGUGAGCCUCCUCUUCCAAUUGUUUCAUUGCCAUCAACGAUUACUUAUGGAUCGUCGCGAAAGAAUUCGACGGAUUCUUUUGCUUCUCAUUCCUCAAUUCGGCCAAACUUGUACAAGGAAGUAUUCGGCCCGAAACUAGAACGGAAUUCGGUUACUCUUGAUGAACGGAAUGGUGUUUCGACAGUUACAUGGGGUUCUGGCUUUGGAACUGAUGAACACAAGUGUAGUUCAUUUAAGAAGGGAGAUAUGUUAUACAUUGGAAGACCAUCGAGGCGAAUCGACGAAGAAUUAAGGUCUGAGUCGCAGCGAUUGGACUAUUUUAGAUGUCUUUCUUGCCGGAACAUUCGAGCAGAAAGCUUUGUGCACAGCAACUAUGGAUCCAAGAAUUCUUCAUUCGGAGAAGAAGAAGAAACAACUACUUUUCUUUCAAGUGAAUUUGUUGGAGCUGUUACAACUCUAUGUUCAUCGGAUACUCUAAGCGAAUGUGAAUUCGCGAUUCGUGUAAUCACCGGAGCUUGGUUGAAAUCUCAUGGCAAUCCUCUCAUUGAAAAGGCCCUGAGACAAUACAGAGUAGUUGAGGCUAUCAUGGAGGUACUAUUUGCAUCAAGCAAAGAUGAGAUUCUAGAAUUUUCUAUUUCAGUUCUUGCAGAUUUGGUAGCAAGGAACAAUGCAAUCACAACAAUUAUGCUGGACUCCGAUCCGCAGCUAGAAAUCUUCUUGAGACUUCUUAGAAGUACUAGUCUUUUUCUAAAAGCCACGGUUCUGCUUUAUCUGUCAAAGCCUCAGGCUAAACAGAUGUUAUCGCCGGAAUGGGUGCCAUUAGUCCUUAGAGUGUUGGAAUUCGGCGAAAAAGCGAUAACCCUCUUCGCAGUACAAUGCAAUCCUCAGGUGGCAGCAAUGUAUUUAUUGGAAAAACUUCUUACUGGUUUCCACCAAGAUAAGAAUCUAGAGAAUGCUCGAGCAGUCGUUUCACUCGGUGGAUUGACCCUGCUUAUGAGAAGAAUAGAGGAUGGAGAGUUCAAUGAGAGAAACAAGGCUGCUUCAAUGAUUCACCAUUGCAUUCGCGCGGAAGGAAGCUGCCGGAGUUUCUUAGCCGAAAAUAUAAACAAGUCUUCUUUGCUAGAACUCAUUGUUCUUGGCAAUAGUAAAAAUUCAAGUGGUUUUGCAUUUUCUGUUCUAGCUGAGUUACUCUACCUUGAUAGAACCUGCAAGAUUUUAAGUUUCUUAAGGGGAAUUAAAGAUGCCUGGGGUGGCUUGAGCACAAUGCACAUUUUGUUCAUUUUCCUUAAGAAGGCACCAAUAAAAGAACACCCUUUAGUUGCAAUCAUACUAUUGCUUCUUGAUCUCUUGGAAGAUCCUUUCAAAGAGAGCUUCUAUAGAGCAGAAGCGAUGGAGGCAGUUAUGGCAACCUUGAAUUGUGAAACAUGCAAUGAUACAAUACAAGAGCAAUCAGCAAAAGCUCUACUCUUGUUAGCAUGUCACUUUUCUCAUGAUGGAGAAUCCCUGAUUGAAAAAUCACUUCUACAAGAAGCAGGUUUCCAACAACAUUGUUUAGGAGAUUCCCAUAAUGCCAAAGAAAUUGUUGUCUAUGAUUUAGAUCACAAGGAUGAAGAGAUAGAAGAAGGUGAAAGUUGGAGAAAGAGAGUAGCCAUUGGUUUGUUCAAAAGUGGGAAUAAGAAUUUGAUAUUAGCACUUGCAAAUUGUGUAGCCAAUGGAAUCCCAUGUUUGGCAAGAGCAAGCCUUGUAACAAUUUCAUGGAUGAGUAGGUACCUCCACUUGGUUGAAGAUAGAAAGUUGCAAGAAAUGGCUCUCUCUAUCUUCACUCCAAAGUUGAUAAUAUCAUUGAGUUUUGAUAAGGAUGCUGAGGAAAGAGUGCUGGCCUCAUACUCACUACUAUGCCUUGUGAAAAAUUCAGGAUGUGGCAAAGUACUACCAUCAUUGCUGGCUAAUGCUAAUAAGGCCUCAUUAGGGUAUCUCCAAAACCUCUCCCUUGUGACGUGUACUGCCAAUGAACUCAUCUCAAUAAUCUCCAAAUCAAAUGAAAAUAUCCAUGUUGUUCAUGAAUAA